GAUGGCAAAGAGGCGUCCGCCAGUGGUGAACGACACCUUUGGAGAGCUCUAUCUCGGCGCCAUCACCACCGAUUUGCCUGAUUCUUGUUGCAUCUGAAAGGCGGCAACGCUGUCUUGGCAGCGCAACCAUCCACUGCCAAAGUUCAAGAACCAAGUAAGUCUGUAUCCGCCUCAUAUUUCGUAGACAGGCUACGUCUGUUUGAAAUCAACGUAAAUUUCGCCCGGCUGCAUAAUGAAGGGGCGACACUCUUCCUUCUUAACUCCAAAGCGUCGAAUCUUGCGUUUCAUUGAAGGAUGAUCAUUGAGUCGAUGACCAACCCGAGCGCGGAAACAAAUCACAAGCCAUAUGGGGCGCCUAGACGAGCACGUGGAAAAACAGCUAUUGCGUCGUCUUGAGCUAUGUUAUCGACUAGGAAAGGGUGCCUACGGCAUGGUAUGGAAAGUCAUCGAGAAGCGGACACGGCGGGUGGUUGUAUUGAAGAAGUGUUUCGACGUGCUCGGUCGGCCAGAGGACGCACAGCGCAUGUAUCGAGAGAUCAUGUUCCUACAGGUUUUGAACGGCCACGACAAUAUCAUAAAGAUGCAACACGUGAUUCGGUCGGAGUCUGGGCAAGACAUGUACAUCACAUUUGAUUUCAUGCAAGCCGAUCUACACUCAGUUAUUCGAGCGAACGUUUUGCAGCCCUUACAUGUGAAGUAUAUUGUCUAUCAGGUCCUUAAAGCUCUUAAAUUUGUGCACAGCGCAGGCAUCGUGCACCGAGAUGUCAAACCCUCGAAUCUUUUGUUGAAUGCAGACUGCCAUAUGAAAAUCUGCGACUUCGGCCUUGCACGGUCGCUAGAGAUCGGAUCAAACAUGAUUGAAAAUGCGAGGCUCACCGAAUAUGUCAGCACUCGAUGGUAUCGUGCAAUUGAAGUGUUGCUCGGAUCGACACACUACACAUUUGCUGUGGACAUAUGGGCGGUCGGUUGCAUUUAUGCUGAGAUGCUCCUGCGUCGCCCACUAUUUCCCGGAACGUCGGCUGUCGACCAAAUUGUGAAAGUCUUGGAACUGAUCGGUCGGCCUGGCGUCCCUGACAUUGACUCCGUGAACAGUGCCUACGCGUCGACUCUGCUUGAGAUGCUCCCUAUUUUAAGACCGGUUUCAUUUGUUGAGACGUUUCCAGAUGUGAGCGCAGAGGCCUUAAACUUUAUGUCGCAGUGCCUGUGCUAUAACCCACAUCGAGGCAGUCGUUGUAGUGUUGAAGAAGCCCUGAGGCAUCCUUUUAUCGCGGAGUUUCAUGAUCCUGAUGAUGAACCUGCCUUCGGCCAGAGGAUGUGUCUUGCUCUUGAUGAUUACCAGCUCUUUACAGCACAAGAGUAUCGUCAAGCCAUCUACGAGGCGAUUGUUAAGCGCAAGGUUUCUGCUCGUAAGCUCGAACGAGGGCUCAUGGUGAAUCCGGCAAAGGUUGUGCUCAUGGAGCAUGAAGAAACCCUGCCAGAGCCCUUCUGACCUGAGCGAAGAUUUUUGGUUCAUGGCUCACGCAGAGUUUCGUUCGUUGCGUCCAUGCUAGAGCACUGUUACAUAAGCCAUCAUUCAUACAAGCACCUCCGUGUGGCGAAGAGUGGCAAGUACGGCCGCUGGAUCUCGCUCGGGCCCCUCACCUCGCUUGGCGGGCUGCGUAGACGGACUCCUGGCGCCGAACUCGGCCGCAUCGGAGCCGCUUCGCCAUACGCUAGACUUUGUAGGGGCGGCGUCCCAGAAAGAACCGGGUACGGGAAUACUGCCGAAUUCGGCCGCCCACUGGCAAAGUCACUGGCAUGCUAGCCCGGCCCAGUAGAACGAAAUAUAUAUUAUCCAAGAAUCCAAUCCGCUGAUCCCAUUGGUCGGACGAGAUUUCAGACGUCUGAGUUUCACGUAGUUUCGAGCAUGGUCCAAGGAUCUCUGACGCUGCGUUGGGCAUAUUAUGGUUCACAGGGGAAGAAAACGAGAGUAGUUCGCAGUAGGAACUCGGGGUCAGAGAUCCUGAAACUGCAGUCCGUCUCGUGGGGGAACACGCAGAAGCUGAGAUCUCUGUUCCCCGCCCUCCAGCGCCGCGCGACGCGCCCACCGUGGCGUGUUCGACUUCUGCUGCCUCUCGCUCGACAUGGAGUGACUUUUCGAGACCGCCGACCCCGACUUCGUACGGCGAAGUGCUCUCAGUUUCUUCCACAGUGGCCCGGAACAUGCCAAACGCAGCGUCAGAUAUCGCUCGACCAUCGUUCAACCCCCUCAAUUAUCAUUUGUCCGAAUCCCGAAUAAUGAACCGUUCGUUCUG